AUGGAGUCUAUUUUAGAUUUCACUAAAGAUCUCGAUAUUCAAAUUUUGGAUCAGGUUGUGGAUACCUUUUUUAAAGGAUCUGGCGCACAACAGAGACAGGCCCAAGAAAUCUUGACCAAAUUUAAAGAACACCCAGACUCAUGGCAGCGCGCAGAUCAGAUUUUGCAGUUUUCUAAUAAUCCUCAGACAAAAUUCAUUGGUCUCUCAAUCCUGGAUAAGUUGAUCACGACGAAAUGGAAACUUCUGCCAAAUGAACAAAGAGUUGGUAUUAGAAAUUUCAUCGUUGGUAUGAUUAUAACCAUGUGUCAAGAUGAUUCAUUAUUCCAUUCACAAAAAAAUCUGAUUAAUAAAUCUGAUUUAACAUUAGUUCAAAUUUUAAAGCAGGAAUGGCCUCAAAAUUGGCCAGAUUUUAUUCCUGAGUUAAUUGGUAGUUCAAAUUCAUCGGUUAAUGUUUGUGAAAAUAAUAUGAUUAUUUUAAAACUUUUAUCUGAAGAAGUUUUUGAUUUCUCCGCGGAACAAUUAACCCAAGCAAAAUCGUUGCAUUUAAAGACAUCAAUGUCGAAAGAAUUUGAGCAGAUUUUUAAACUCUGUUAUCAAGUUCUUGAACAAGGUUCAUCAAGCUCUUUGAUAGUUUCAGCUUUGGAAUCUUUAUUAAGAUAUUUACAUUGGAUUCCAUAUCGUUAUAUCUAUGAAAGUAAUAUUUUGGAAUUAUUGAGUACAAAAUUUUUAAUGUCACCAAAUUUUAGAGCAAUCACACUUAAAUGUUUAACAGAAGUCUCAAAUUUAGAGAUACCGGCAGAUAAUGCGAACAUAAAAACACAAACUAUUAUUUUUUUCCAGAAUAGUUUACAGCAAAUUGCAACAAAUGUUAUUCCAGUAACAUCUGAUUUGAAAGCAACCUAUGCAACAGCAAGCGGUAAUGACCAAUCAUUUUUGCAAGAUUUUGCAAUGUUUUUAACAACUUAUCUAGCUCGUCAUAGAGCCUUGCUGGAAGAGCUAUCGGCAACUGAUGAAACAAUAAAGGAAUUGUUAAUUAAUGCUCACCAAUAUUUAAUUCAACUAUCAAAAAUUGAUGAAAGGGAAUUAUUCAAGACUACUCUAGAUUACUGGCAUAACUUAGUUGCAGAUUUGUUUUAUGAAGUUCAACAAUUACCUCAUAAUGAAAUGAAUCCUUUAAUGCAAUUAACUGUUGGAUCGACCUCCAUCACAACAAGUAGUGGCGCGUUAAAUCCUGAAAUUUUAAAAAGAUUCCCAUUGAAGAAACACAUUUACGACGAUAUCUGUUCUCAAUUAAGAUGGGUUAUUAUUGAAAAUAUGGUUAGACCGGAAGAAGUUUUAAUUGUUGAAAAUGAUGAAGGCGAAAUUGUAAGAGAAUUCGUCAAAGAAUCAGAUACCAUUCAACUAUAUAAAUCUGAAAGAGAAGUAUUAGUCUAUUUGACCCAUUUAGAUGUUAUUGACACUGAAGAAAUUAUGAUCAGUAAGUUAGCAAGACAAAUUGAUGGAUCAGAGUGGUCAUGGCAUAAUAUCAAUACCUUAUGUUGGGCAAUUGGCUCAAUAUCUGGUACAAUGAGCGAAGAAACAGAAAAAAGAUUUGUUGUUACUGUUAUAAAGGAUUUGCUAGCUCUAACUGAAAAGAAAAGGGGUAAAGAUAAUAAAGCAGUUGUUGCAUCAAAUAUAAUGUACGUUGUAGGUCAAUAUCCAAGGUUUUUGAAAGCUCAUUGGAAUUUCCUAAGAACUGUUGUCUUGAAACUAUUUGAAUUUAUGCAUGAAACUCAUGAAGGUGUUCAAGAUAUGGCUUGUGAUACAUUUAUCAAAAUUGUUCAAAAAUGUAAAUAUCACUUUGUCAUUCAGCAACCAAGAGAAUCGGAACCAUUCAUCCAAACAAUAAUAAGAGAUAUUCAAGAAACAACUGCUGAUUUGCAACCACAACAGGUUCAUACUUUUUAUAGAGCUUGUGGUUUGAUCGUUGGUGAAGAAAGGAAUUCAGCUGAAAGAGAUAGGUUAUUGAGUGAUCUAAUGCAACUACCUAAUAUGGCAUGGGAUGCAAUCGUUGAACAAUCUUCAGCUAAUCCUGAUCUCUUGUUGGAUUCUGAAACUGUUAAAAUUAUUGCAAAUAUUAUAAAGACAAAUGUGGCCGUUUGCACAUCAAUGGGAGCGGAGUUCUAUUCACAAUUAGGUCAUAUUUAUUACAAUAUGCUUCAACUUUAUAGAGCAGUUUCAUCAAUGAUAUCUGUUCAAGUUGCAAAUGAUGGACUAAUUGCAACAAAGACACCAAAAGUUCGUGGUUUAAGAACAAUAAAGAAAGAGAUUUUGAAAUUGAUUGAAAUUUAUAUCUCAAAAUCAAAAAAUUUAGAUGAAGUUGUCAAGGUAUUGGUGGAACCAUUAUUAAAUGCUGUUUUGGAAGACUAUAUGAAUAACGUACCCGAUGCAAGAGAUGCAGAAGUUUUGAACUGCAUGACAACAGUUGUGCACAAAGUAGGUCAUAUGAUUCCACAAGGUGUUAUCUUGAUUUUACAAAGUGUUUUUGAAUGCACCUUGAAUAUGAUCAAUAAAGAUUUUACGGAAUAUCCAGAGCAUAGAAUUGAAUUUUACAAAUUGUUAAAGGCAAUUAAUGAAAAAUCUUUCAAUGCAUUAUUGGAAUUACCACCAGCUGCCUUUAAAUUAUUUGUGGAUUCCAUAUGUUGGGCUUUUAAACACAAUAAUAGAGAUGUUGAAGUCAAUGGUCUACAAAUAGCAUUAGAUCUUUUCAAAAAUAUCGAUAAAUUAAAUGGUACACCAUUUGCUGCCGCAUUUUAUGAAAAUUUCUAUUUCACUUUUGUUAGUGAAACCUUUUAUGUUUUAACCGAUUCUGACCAUAAAUCUGGAUUUUCCAAACAGUCAUUAUUAUUGAUGAAAUUGAUUUCGAUUGUUGAAGAUAGUAAAAUUGGCGUACCGCUUUACUCUCAAAGUGAAGCACCAGAGGGUACUUCCAAUCAACUUUAUCUAAAUGAAUAUUUGGCGAACAUGUUAGGAAAUGCUUUCCCACAUUUGACAAGAAAACAAAUCGUUAAUUUCUUAGCUGCAUUAACUAAACAAUAUAACGAUCCCAUAAAUUUCAAUGGUACUCUAAGAGAUUUCUUGGUCCAGAUUAAAGAAUUCGGUGGUGAUGCAACAGAUUACUUGUUCACAGAAGAUAAGGAGAAAGCUGUUAUAGAACAGCAUAAGGUAGAAAGAGAGAAAGCUGCAAAGAUUGGUGGCUUAUUAAAGCCAUCAGAACUCGAUGAUGACUGA